AUGGGGAAGCACUUCCUGCUGCUGCUGCUGGGCCUCUCCUUGGUAGUGGGCUUCGUGCAAGCUCUGACAUGUAUGAAGUGUAGCUGGGUAAACCCUGCUGGAAUAUGUGAGAAAGGAAAAACCACCUGUGUGGCUAAGGAUGGCGAACAAUGUGACAGACUAAUAGUGUCUACAGGUCGGGAUAUGCUGUUUGGACAGCAGGAUUGUUCUUCCAGGUGUUUAAAUAAUACUUUCAUCCAUUAUAACAUUAAACUGGAUUUUUUAUGUUGCCAUGACAAAAAUCUGUGUAAUACGAUUUAG